CACAGACAGAGCCACAGAUUGUGGUGGAGGACUCUGAAGGAACCAAACCACAGCAAGCCCAAACGAGGAUUUUGGGCAAGACAGAGUCCUCAUUAUCAAAGACAACAUCUGAAGCAGAAGAACAGGUCACGUCCACAUGGAAAAGGACAGAGUCAGAGGUAAUUAUGUCUGCGAUCCCUACUCAAAGUGCGGGAAAUCCAAUCCAUGUCCAUCACUCAGAGUUGAAUACCCUGAACCUCACCGGUGGCUUGCAGUCGAGGUAAUUGAAGGCCUGUUUCACAUCUACAACAAAGAGAUCAGCAACAAAAACAUCUACAUCAUGAAUCAUUACACUGCAGGUGUCAUUCUCUAAGGAGAACGAUCACAGGUUGCCCGAUCUUGUCUGUCUAAGGUGAACUUUGCAAAGUACCAGGCCAUAGUCACAUUUGUUAACCUGAACAAUGUCCACUGGAAGUUUAUGUACAUUAAUGCUGUGAACAACACAGUAUAUCUAAUGGAUCCAGCACCAAGGUCUGCCGAAAAAAUGACUCUGAACUUGCAGCGAAUAAAAAUCAGCGACUACUGGAAAAUAAGAAGAACGUGUCAUGGAAAAACAGACUGGGUUGAGAAAAAAUGGAAAGGAAGAGUUCUGGAAGCAUCCCACCCAGCAAGAUGGCAGUAGCUGUGGUGUCAUUGUCACCAUGAUGGCAAGAGCAGUGAUUGAAGCCUUUCCGAAUCUACCUGCCUUUAACUUUGGGACAUCAAAAUCAGAAAUGUCAAGUGAGAGGAGAAAGAUGGCUGUCCAAAUACUGCAGGCAUCAGGCGACGUCUGACCAGAGCCUUAGAGAUAGUAAGAGUUGCGACACUCCCAUAGGGUGCCGUUGUCCGCUUUCUUUCGGUCUACUUCCGGGUUGUGGAGGCUUGUUUAGUUCCAAGCACCGCUUCUACAGUGAUAGCCACCGUUCAUUUGCACUGCAGGUUGUUGAGUAUAUGUGGAGUAUCCCGAGAGCCCUCACUGAAGACACGAAGACCCUCAUUGUUUCUCCCAUUGUCUAUAAAACAUACUAUUUCAUUCAUCAAAGCAUAAUGAGUUGUUAUUCUUGAAUAUAUAUUUUGUGUAUGUCUUAAAAUGGUUAUAGUGAGUCAACUCCUGCCUGGACACUAUCUGCUGAAUGGACUGUUGUUACUCUGCUUUUCAAUAACUCCCAGACUACGGGUAAGUGAAUCAGAGAAAUAUAGACAUUGUCUGGAAAUACAAUAAUCCAGCUGGGCAAAAAUUAACAUCUUCAAUCAUCUUACAUUUCUGUGUAAAAGUUGAUUUUCCAUGCUAACACGAAUGUGAAACAUUCCCUCCAAAACCCCAAAAGUGUCUUUAAUAUGUCACCUUACGGCUCAAAAUGUAAAACUGACAUUUACAUACAUACUCCAAUGAAUUAAUAAUCAAACAAGUACUUGGAGGUGUGAUUUUAUUCCUUUUUUACCGUGAAAUCGCCGCUCUCAGUCCCAUAGAAGGAAAUGACAGCGCUGCCUGUUUGGAACUAUUCAGGCUUACAUGAACCACGUGACCCCCCCGCUGCCAGAGCAGGAGUGUCGCAACUCUUACUGUCUCGAGAGCUCUGCGUCUGACGUUACGGUGAGCGUAUUGCGUCAUUUCCUGUUUCAGCACUGUGUCGUGUUGUUAGCAUGGCUUCUGCUUCUGCCUCUUCCUCUCCCUCUCCUGCUCAGUGUGCCACAUGUUUAGUUAUUCCUCUGCCUCCUUUAGUGAUAACGAUAUGUGUAAUAAGUGCAGCCUUUUUGUAGUUCUGGAGGCGAGGCUCUCUGAAUUGGAAUCGCGGCUCCGCACCAUGGAAAAUAACCCGCUAGCAGCUAGCCAGGCCUCCUUAGCCGGUGCGGACCGCAAUAGCUUAGCUAGUGUAGCAUCUGUUAGCCGUCCCUUAGCAGCGCCCGAACAGCCGGGUGGAUGGGUGACAGUUCGUAGGAAAAACAGUCCUAAACUCAAGCCUGCUGUCCCGGCUCACCACAAACCGCUUCAUGUUUCUAAUCGUUUUUCCCCGCUCAGCGACACACCCGCUGAGAAACCAACUCUGAUCAUUGGCAGCUCCAUAGUCAGAAACGUGAAGCUAGCGACACCAGCGACCAUAGUUAAAUGCCUCCCAGGGGCCAGAGCGGGCGACAUCGAAGCAAAUUUGAAACUGCUGGCUAAAGAUAAUCGUAAAUAUAGUAAGAUUGUUAUUCACGUCGGCGGUAACGACACCCGGUUACGCCAAUCGGAGGUCACCAAAAUUAGCGUGGCAUCGGUGUGUACUUUCGCCAAAACCAUGUCGGACUCUGUAGUUUUCUCUGGACCCUUGCCUGAUCUGACCAGCGAUGACAUGUUUAGCCGCAUGUCGUCGUUUCGCCGCUGGUUGUCUAUGUGGUGUCCAUCAAACGACGUGGGCUUUAUUGAUAAUUGGAGCUCUUUUUGGGGAAAACCUGGUCUGAUUAGGAGAGACGGCAUCCAUCCCACUUUGGCUGGUGCAGCUCUCAUUUCUAGGAAUAUGGGUGAUUUUAUUAGUACUCCUAAAGCAUGACAACCCAGAGUUAAGACCAGGAUGCAGAGUUGUAGUCUUACACACCUCUCUGCAGUUUCCUCACAGCUGUCACCCUCCAGUAAUUCAGUUAACUUUAUUGAGACUGUGUCUGUCCCCCGACCACCAAAAUUCAAUAAAUUACACAAAUCAAAAAUAUACAAAAGAAAUAGUAACCAUAAAAAUUAAAUAAAAAUUAAUACCACUAUUUCAACAGAGCACAGAGACAGGAAAAUUAAAUGUGGUCUGUUAAAUAUUAGAUCUCUCUGGUCUAAAUCUCUGCUAGUAAAUGAGUUGAUAACUGAUCACCAGAUUGAUUUGUUCUGUUUGACUGAAACCUGGUUGCAGCAGGAAGAAUUUGUUAGCCUAAACGAAUCAACUCCCCCUAGUCAUAUUAACUGUCAUAUUCCUGGAAUCACAGGCCGAGGAGGAGGAGUAGCAGCAAUCUACCAUUCUAGUUUAAAAUUGAACCAGAGGCCUAAACCUGAUUACAGCUCAUUGGAAAAUCUCACUCUUAGUCUCUCUCAUCCAAAUUUGAAAGCUCAGAAACCAGUUUUAUUUGUUGUUAUAUAUCGUCCUCCUGCUCCUUAUUCUGAGUUUUUAUCUCAAUUCUCAGACUUUUUAUCUGAAUUAGUGCUCAGUUCAGACAAAGUUAUUAUUGUGGGUGACUUUAACAUUCAUGUUGACGUAGACAGCGACAGCCUUACAACAGCUUUUAAUUCAUUAUUAGACUCAAUUGGGUUUUCUCAACAGUAGCUUUUGAAUUGGCUGUUAGACCUGAUGAAUCUUUAGAAUUCUUCACUCCUAUAUGUCUCUCUGAACUAAUUUCAACAGUUUCUACAUCCAAACCAUCAACAUGUCUUUUAGAUCCUAUCCCAACUAGACUCUUCAAGGAGAUUUUACCUUUAAUUAAUUCUUCAAUGUUAGAUCUGAUUAAUCUCUCUCUAGUAACAGGCUAUGUACCACAGGCUUUUAAGGUUGCUGUCAUCAAACCUUUGCUUAAAAAGCCCACUUUAGAUCCAGAUGUGUUAGCUAACUAUAGACCGAUAUCCAACCUACCAUUUCUCUCUAAAAUUCUGGAAAGAACAGUUGCAAAUCAAUUAUGUGAACACUUACAAAGGAAUAAUUUGAAAUGUUUCAGUCAGGCUUCAGAGUGCAUCAUAGCACAGAAACAGCUCUGGUGAAAGUUACUAAUGACCUUCUCAUAGCAUGAGAUAAUGGACUAGUCUCUAUACUUGUUUUGUUAGAUCUUAGUGCAGCGUUUGACACAAUCGACCACAACAUUUUAUUACAGCAUCUAGAACAUUCAAUUGGCAUUAAAGGGACAGCACUGGACUGGUUUAAAUCCUACUUAUCAGAUAGGUUCCAGUUUGUGCAUGUCAACAAUAACUCUUCUGAGCAUACUAAAGUUAAUCAUGGAGUUCCUCAGGGUUCUGUCUUAGGACCGAUACUUUUCACAUUAUACAUGCUUCCUUUAGGCAAUAUUAUUAGGAAGCAUUGUAUUAACUUCCAUUGUUAUGCAGAUGACACACAAUUGUAUUUAUCUAUGAAGCCAGAUGAAACUGAUCAGUUAGCUAGACUGCAAGAUUGUCUUAAGGACAUUAAAACCUGGAUGACUUUUAACUUCCUACUCCUAAAUUCAGACAAAACCGAAGUCAUUGUAUUUGGCCCCAAACAUCUUAGAAACUCGCUUUCAAAGCAAAUAGUUACUCUGGAUGGCAUCACAUUGGCCUCCAGUACUACUGUGAGGAAUCUUGGAGUUAUUUUUGACCAGGACAUGUCCUUUAACUCACACAUAAAGCAAGUCUGUAGGACUUCCUUUUUUCACCUGCGUAAUAUUGUAAAAAUCAGAAACAUUCUGUCUCAGAGUGAUGCAGAAAAAUUAGUUCAUGCUUUUGUUACUUCCAGGCUUGACUAUUGUAAUUCCUUAUUAUCGGGUUGUCCAAAUAGCUCUCUCAAACAUCUACAGUUGAUCCAAAACGCUGCUGCUAGAGUACUGACAGGAGUUAGCAAAAGAGAUCAUAUUUCCCCUAUACUUGCUUCUCUUCACUGGCUUCCUGUUAAAUCCAGAGUUGAAUUUAAAAUCCUUCUUCUGACAUAUAAAGCUCUUAAUAACCAAUCUCCAUCAUAUCUUAAAGAUCUGAUAGUACCUUAUUAUCCUAGUAGAACUCUUCGCUCUCAAGCUGCAGGCUUACUUGUUGUUCCUAGAAUUUCUAAAAGUAGAAUGGGAGGCAGAGCCUUCAGUUAUCAGCUCCUCUCCUGUGGAACCUGCUCCCAGUUUGGGUUCUGGAGGCAGACACCCUCUCUAUUUUUAAGACCAGGCUUAAAACGUUCCUUUUUGACAAAUCUUAUAGUUGGGGCUGACUGGGUGACCCACAGGGGUUCGGCUUGUGUCUUCAUUGCACAGCUGACUCCCUCUUGGUCGUCCCUUCGUUCUGCCUCUAGUCAUGCUGCUAUAGGCCUAUAGGCUGCUGGGGGACUUCUCUUGACGCACUGAGCCCUUCUCUAUCUACCUUUACAUUUAAUAUGUAUACCGUUAUUGCAGUACAUUCACUCUGUUUCCCCCUGUGCUAUUUCUCCGAGUGUCCCUGGUCCCAGAGCUGGAUGCUUCAGAUCUGUGGUUGAUGUUCCACCAGCUGGUCCAGUCUCCCCGGUGUUGGGCUGGUUGCCGUCCCUUCGGCGGGGCGCUCUGCCCCUGUGUCUGGCUUCCCGGCUGCUUGGGGCCGUCGGCCCCCCUUGGGGGUGGG